AUGAGGCUCCAGUUGGAUCAAUUCGGAAAGAUCAAACACUUCAUACACUUCGGCCAGGCGGGCAUACUUUUCCUCUGCUGGGUGCUCACGAUUGCCUUGUUAACGAGAUCUGGGUCGACCGAUGGACGGGUGGGCUGGUACUUCGCCCUCUGUUGGCUCACGAUACCCAUCCUGAUCUACCAAGUGAUGGUCCCAAUGUGGUCCCGCGCCCGUCGGUUUGCCAAUGUCUACGCCUUCGCCUCGCUCGACUCCUUCUCUGUGCUCCUGUGGCUGUCAGCCUGGGCAGCCGUGGCGAGCUACGUCUCCUCGGGCAAAGGCAAAGGAGACAACGAGGGUAAAUCAGGCUGCGACAACUUCAAAUACGGCAGUCCGGGCCGCUGCAAAUUGUCCGAGGCAGUGAUUGUGUUUGGGGUCUUUGAGAUGGUCCUCUUCAUCACGACCGCAUUCAUCUCUUUUCGAGCAGUCAUGACAUUCAAGAGAACGGGAAUGAUGCCUGAGAAUCUGCCCGCCGGCAGCUCUGGCAUGGGCGGAAAGAAUGACUUCUCUGCGCAGACCCGAGACGACUUUUCGAGUAAUAUGCGAAAUGACGACGACGACUUGGAAGAUCAUCCGGGCGGCGGACGGCAGGAGUAUGCAUACCAGAAGCCGAGCUUGGACGACGCCUAUGCACCAAUACAUCAGAACGACCACGACAUUGACAUCGCCCAUCUACCUGCCCAGACGCCUACAAGCCCCUUGAACCACAGUGGGCUGGGCAUCCAUGAUUACGACACGAGUUACAAUCCAGGCGUAUAUGCCGGCCGUGGCGCGCAGUUUCAACAACCCUUGGCGAUGCCAGAGCCGCCGCGAUAA